UCUUCUUUCCCUCUAUCUCUGAUGCAUCCUCCUCCUCCUCCUCAUCCUCUGUGUCGCUCUGCUUUUUAUAGCCAUGUCUUCCCAGGGCACAGCAGCUACAAAAGCCUUUUCAUGUUGCCACUAUAAUUACAGCCUACACACACGGACAUGUAUGCAUGCAUUCACACACGCACACAUGCACACACCUCUUUUGUGUCUGUAUGUGUGUGCGCCGUGCGUGCUCUGCAUGUGCUGUUAUACACAAAAGGGAGAGCUAUUUUUACCUCCCUUCUCUCCCCUCCCCUCCGCGCUCCUCUCCAUCCCUCUCUCCGCCGCCGUUAGCCACAUUUGCUAUGCCGAGCACAGGCGCCAUCAAACACACACCAAGCCGACACACGAGUGCUGAUGAGCGCGCUCAGCAUCCCUCAGAAUCGAAGUUUAUCUGAGCGCUCCGCUCCGGUCCAAAGCAUCCACCCCUCCCUCCUCCGCCCUCCUCUUCCUCCGUCUUCCUCGCCGCUCAUGGAUCGGGCUGCAGCAUCGGCGGCGCCGCGGCACGUGCUCCCAGCCGUUCGGAUGACCUGAAGCCCCCCCCUCCCCACCUACUUUCUGUUUUUUUUUUUUUUUAAAGCAAUUGCGUCGUCGCCGACAACCAGCUCCCCCUCGUCUCGAUGCUGCGGACCAUAUUUGAAGCAGAAUGUUCUCUUUCUCCCACAGAGGGAAUCCUGGGGAAGGAGCAGUCGCUCGAGGUCCUCAAGACGUCGGCGCUCAACCACAUCCCAACAGUGGACAUUAACUCCGCGCUGCCCCUGCGUCUGCCCCCUGCUGCCAUCCCCAUGGACCUGCGCGUGGAUCAUCACCACCACCAGCAGCAGCAGCAGCAGGUGUCGUCGCUCUCCCCGCCGGGCCAGCUCUCGCCCAGCUCUCUGGGAGGAUCGGGCGGUGGUGGCGGCGGCGGCGGCGUGGUGGCUGCCUCGGUGCGCGAGCAGCAGCUGCAGCAGGAGCUGCUGGCCCUGAAGCAGAAGCAGCAGAUCCAGAGGCAGAUCCUGAUCGCCGAGUUCCAGCGGCAGCACGAGCAGCUGUCCCGCCAGCAUGAGGCCCAGCUCCAGGAGCACAUCAAGCAGCAGCAGGAGCUGCUGGCCCUGAAGCACCAGCAGGAGCUGCUGGAGCACCAGAGGAAGAUGGAGAACCACCGGCUGGAGCAGGAGCUGGAGAAGCAGCAGAGGGAGCAGAAGCUGCAGCUGCUGAAGAACAAGGAGCGCGGCCAGGAGAGUGCUGUGGCCAGCACCGAGGUGAAGAUGCGUCUGCAGGAGUUCGUCCUGAACAAGAAGAAGGCGCUGGCCCAGCGGAGCCUCAACCAGGGCGGCCUCCCCAAUGACGCCCCCUACUGGUACCGAAAAACCCAGCAUAGCUCUCUGGACCAGAGCUCGCCUCCACAAACCACAGUGUCCACCUACAAUCACCCGGUGCUGGGCGUCUACAACCCUCGGGACGACUUCCCGCUGCGAAAGACCGCCUCGGAGCCCAACCUGAAGCUGCGCUCCCGGCUGAAGCAGAAAGUGAGCGAGCGCCGCAGCAGCCCGCUGCUCCGCCGCAGAGACAGCCCCAUCACUACGGCCAAGAAGCGCUCCCUCGACAUGGCGGACUCGGCGUGCAGCAGCGCCCCCGGCUCCGGCCCCAGCUCCCCGAACAACAGCUCCAACAACAUCCCCAACGAGAACGGCAUCACUGUGUCCGUCUCCAACAACAUGGAGGCGUCUCUGGCCCACCGGCUGUGCGGCGGCGAUCAGGGCUCCAUCAACCAGCUGUCCCUCUACACCUCGCCGUCCCUCCCCAACAUCACCCUGGGGCUGCCGGCCACCGCCACCGCCACCGCCGCCUCCAACGUGACGUCCACUCAGCAGGAUGCAGGCCUGCAGCCGGCCCUCUCCCUCAGCCCCCCCUUCCUGUCCGGUGGCCAUUUGAGCCCCUACCUUGCAGAUGGCGGGUCCGGCGGCCACGGCGCUCACAGCCCCCUGCUGCAGCACAUGGUUCUGAUGGAGCAGAGUCCCGCUCAGAGCCCGCUGGUGACAGGCGUAAGCGGCAUGUCCAUGUCGUCGGCCUCCAUGGCCAAGCUGCAGCGGCAGCACCGGCCCCUGGGGCGGACCCAGUCGGCGCCGCUGCCCCAGGGGAGCGCCGCCCAGGCCCACGCUCAGGCCCUGGCCCUGCAGCAGCUGGUGGUGCAGCAGCAGCACCAACAGUUCCUGGAGAAGCACAAGCAGCAGUUCCAGCAGCAGCAGCAGCUCCACCUCAACAAGAUGAUGGGGAAGCCUGGCGAGUCGCCCGUGGGGCGGCAGCACCAGAGCCACCCUGAGGAGACGGAGGAGGAGCUGAGGGAGCACCAGGACGCCGGCGCCCUGCCGCCGGGGGUCACCAUCAAGCAGGAGCCGCCGGACCCGCAGGAGCUGCAGGAGCUGCAGGAAGAGGCACUGCAGCAGCACCGCGAACGGGAGCAGGAGAUGCUCUUCAGACAACAGGCUCUGCUGUUGGAGCAGCAGCGUAUCCACCAGCUGAGGAACUACCAGGCGUCCAUGGAGGCCGCCGGCAUGUCCAUGUCCUUCCCUGGACACAGACCCCUGUCCAGGGCGCAGUCGUCUCCGGCCUCGGCGUCGUCCUUCCCCAUCAGCGUCCCCACGCAGGAUCCUCCCGUCAAGCCACGCUUCACCACAGGCCUGGUGUACGACUCCCUGAUGCAGAAGCACCAGUGCAUGUGUGGAAACACCAACAGCCACCCGGAGCACGCCGGGCGCAUCCAGAGCAUCUGGUCCCGGCUGCAGGAGAGACUCCGAGCUCAGUGCGAGUGUAUCCGUGGGAGGAAGGCCACUCUGGAGGAGCUGCAGACGGUCCACUCUGAAGCCCACGUCCUGCUGUACGGAACCAAUCCACUCCGGCAGAAACUGGACUGUUCCAUAACGCCCAUGUUCGUUCGGCUGCCAUGCGGAGGAGUGGGGGUGGACAGUGACACCAUCUGGAACGAGGUCCACUCGUCCAGCGCCGCGCGACUCGCCGUCGGCUCCGUCGUCGAGCUGGUCUUCAAGGUGGCAACCGGAGAGCUGAAGAACGGUUUCGCGGUGGUCCGCCCUCCUGGACACCACGCCGAGGAAAGCACCCCCAUGGGCUUCUGCUACUUCAACUCGGUGGCCAUCGCGGCCAAACUGCUGCAGCAGAGACUCAGCGUCAGCAAGAUCCUCAUCGUGGACUGGGAUGUCCACCAUGGCAACGGCACCCAGCAGGCCUUCUACGACGACCCUAACGUCCUCUAUAUGUCCAUCCAUCGCUACGAUGACGGCAACUUUUUUCCAGGAAGUGGAGCACCCGAUGAGGUGGGGAGCGGUCCAGGGGUGGGGUUUAACGUCAACGUGGCCUUCACCGGCGGCCUAGACCCCCCUAUGGGAGACGCAGAGUACCUGGCUGCCUUCAGGUCUGUGGUGAUGCCGAUAGCGGACGAGUUCGCUCCGGACAUCGUGCUGGUCUCCUCCGGCUUUGACGCCGUGGAGGGACACCCCCCACCGCUGGGCGGCUACACCCUGACCUCCAAAUGUUUUGGGUAUCUGACCAGACAGCUGAUGACCCUCGCUGGAGGCCGGGUGGUCCUGGCGCUGGAGGGAGGUCACGACCUCACCGCCAUCUGUGACGCCUCUGAGGCCUGCGUGGCCGCCCUGCUCGGGCAGGAGCUGGAUGCUCUUCCAAAGGCUGUCCUGGAGCAGAGGCCCAACCCCAACGCUGUGCGCUCUCUGGAGAAAGUCAUAGAGACUCACAGUAAGUACUGGCGCUCGGUGCAUCGCUACUCGUCGCGGCUGGGACUCUCUCUGCUGGAGGCCAAGCGAGGCGACUCGGAGGAGGCCGAGGCCGUCAGUGCCAUGGCGUCUCUGUCUGUAGCGAACACCAACACCAUGGAUCAAAGGGCUGAGGAGGAGCCCAUGGAGGAGGAGGCUCCGCUGUAACCGAGGCAGGCGUCAGGGCGUUGCAGUUUAGCCAUUGACCUCUCCGGAGAAGAGCCUCGGCUGACCCCUUCAUUUAGUCGCCCCUAACCCCACUCACCACGUUAAUCACCUUGAUUGGCGAUCCCUCGGUCUAAAGCGAGGGAGGGGGAGAGGGGCGGGCUCAGCCUCAGCGUAGGGAGCCAAUCAGAAGACAGAGGACUGAACUGAAAUGGGGGGAAAAAAAACUCAAACUUAACAGCGUUGCUUAGCGGCACUCGUUUAGAGACGCUCAUUGUUUUUUUCUGUCAGUCUUCGCACCUUGGCGUCAGCCCACAGCGGCCGACUGGGCGAUCACGGCAGCCGGCGGGGGUCGAGAUCGGAUCUUGUCGCAGAAAGGAACGGUGUGCUGUCACACCCGGUGCUUUGUGCAGCUGCCCUCUGACCGCAUUCAGUCGAGAAAGCAGGGACAGCGGACGUUCCCGGCCGUCCUGGAGCAGCUCGGGAGGGGUGUGGGGAUAGUGAGGGUGUUUGUUUCUCUUCUCUUAACUUCAUUCCCCACUAAACAAGGGGAACGCCGCGGCAUCUGGGAGGACCUUUUUUUUUUUUUUCUUUGCUCUAUUUUUUUUUUUUAAACGCGCCGCGCUCACUGUGGAGACCCGUUUUGCCGUCGUUCGAGGAAGGAUUUUGCAAAAGAUUUCGACGGCCGAGACGGUCGCCUCGCUGGAGCAGCCCGCCGUCGAAGGUUGACGAGUGAGAGGAGUGCCUUGGAGAGGGGAGUGGGGGGGAUCCGCCUGUUUUCAGGAUUGUUCAGGAAAAAGAUUGCCUUAAGUUCAACCAUUUCUCCCACCGAGGAAUUGGUGCGAGAAAGCAGACCUGGGAAGGAGGGAGGAACGACGAACAAAAAAAAGCUAACAAUCUUUCAGCAUGUUUACUUAGAAAGUGAUGGAGACGACAUUUAUGUCUCCGACGGCCUCUCUUGAAGAGUUACUUUACUUUUUUGAUGGAUCUAUUUUUCUGUAAAAAAGUUUAAAAAAGAGAGAGAGAGAGAGAGAGAAAGAAACCGCUUUGUAAAAGAUAGUUGCCAGCUUCUAUAGACAACGGUGCAAACACUGAGAAAAGGAACCGGAUCGCGAACUCUCACAGCAGUUUAGCCUUUGAUGUAGCCUCCCUUUAAGAGUCGGCGCUUUUUGCAAAAACAAUUUGCGGAGCAUGCAUUUCAAGCAGAUUUUAACGAAUGUUGCCCAAAAGAGAAAGCAAGCAAGAAAAAAGAAAAAAAAAAAAGAAGCCAAAGCAUGAGUUUGCAUUUUUACCGUUCUCUUAUCUGGAAAGGGCGAGUCGACACGCAACAUUUCACGUAUUGGCCCUUUAACCCUCUAUGGUAUGCAUUAUGAUGCCAGUUUGGGGGGGAAAAUGUCUGGAGUUUUGUUUUUUUAUUUUUUUUUUAAAUUUUAUUAGUCUUAAGUCACAAAGGCAAAUGAUAUCAGUUUCCGAUUACGUGAAUGUCAUCAUAAAUCUGGUUGCAUUCUUACAACUAUUGAAGAUAAUUUUGAUGUUUGUAACCAUAAAACAACAAACAAAAGCAAUAGAAAACUGUUCUUGCUUUAUUUAUUUUUUUAUUGAAUUUUUUUUUUUUUUGUACAUUUGGUGCUCCACCCCCCUUCUUUUGCCGCCCUGGGCACCUGCCCACACAGCAAAAAAAACAAGUUUGAAAUAAGUUUUUCCUGAAGCUAUUUGGCAAAUCAAAGCACUCUUGAUGGUUCAUUAUGGUCUUUUGUCUGUUUUUAAAGUAUUGCAUCAUGUAAAGCGGUGCCUUUCGGAGCUCUGACAGGCCAACAUGGUACCAUAGAGGGGGGCGGCACAGCUCCCAAUACCCAGUCCAACGUUUACUGAUUUAAUCCGCCUCGGAUCAGGUGAGCAUUUCUUUACACGUGCUGAUCAAAGGUUGGCAACUACCUUAUGUGAGCUUCACACCAGUCGUGUAUAUUUAACUGAAUAUAUUUUGACCGUAAUCUAAGUAUUGUCAGUUUGUAUCUACGUGUUUGAGUUUCCGCAUCGAUGUGGUCGAUCUUAAUGAUAUCAGAAACAUGUUUGGUUCAGCGAGUGCGCUCUGUUUUUUUUUUUUUUUAACGUGCAAGAUUAUUUUACUGACGGUUUUUUUUCAUGCAGAGGUUUCGUCGUGUUUUGUUUUCAUCCAUUUCUUUUUUCUGCAUAGAUAUAGGUCUGCGUUCAUGUACUUUUAGUGCUGUUGUCGUUUAUUCUUUCUUGUAUUUAUGGAAAACGAGGAGCAACACUUUCUUCCUUCCUUGUUUCCUUCCUUCCUUCCUUCUUUUCCUCCUUCCUUCCUUUCUUUCUUUCUUUCUUUCUUCCUUCUUUCCUUUCUUUCUUCCUUUCUACGGCUCCCGGAGCCUUUUCCAGCAUUUUCAUCAACUAUGUAUUUAUAACAUGUACUGUUUAUAGGAGAUUUGUAUAUGGAAACUUUAUAAAUGUACUCUUACCUAAUGACAGCUAUGAUAUUGUGAGCAAAAAAAAGAAGCCUAGUCCGGUGCAUAAACAGCGUAUUCAACUCGUCAUCGACUGCACUGUUUUUCAAGCGGCCCUCCGGCCAAUCACGGCACGGCACCGCAGUUGACUUUUGACGCGUCUCAUCACUUCGUUGCCUCAUCAGCUCAUCCUCCUUUUCGACUGACCGCGCCGUCCGCAGACGUUUCGAGGCCGUUUUCACGUAGCUCCUUGCGGCACAAAACAGCAAAGGAGAAACCGGACGUUUACGUACGAUGGAUAAAACAGAAGAAAAAAGAAAGGAAAAGGGUUUUUUUUCUCACCUUUGGGCAUUAAAUCCGACUAAUUAUUCUGCUUCGAUUACUUACAUUUGCGAAUAAUAACAGAUUUUAUUGGCUUGAAUUCUGAAAUGAACAAAAAUGUCCUGGUAAUUGUUGAGGUCACUCAAGGAUUUUUGAAAUGUUUCCUCUAAUUGCAUCCAAAGCUUGAACCCAACUCUUGUGCGAACGUCUCAAUUUUGAGAAAAUAAAACAAAACAUUUGA